AUGAACAACAACGCGAGAACUACAUUUUCUAACAACAAUAAUGACUAUAAUAAUGUUGGUAACCCGCAAAAAAUAGGAAACCCUGUAAAUCCGCACGAAGAACAACAAAACUCGUUGUUGACGCGCGUCGUGUCUCAUGUUCAAAAACUGAAUGAUGUAAUGGUAGAAGUCACUAUGCGGCUACAAGAAAUCAACGAAUACAAUCGUGAUAUAGUCACUUUAUCACAAGUAUGGGGAAACUAUAUGCGAAAUGUUGCGUUUAACUUAGAGAGUAUUCAACGAUUAGAUGAUCCAAAGUAA